GGAGCUUUGACUUUCCCAUUUCACUUCAUCAGUUUCCCUCCUCCAUUUUCGAUUCCUCCUCUCCGCAAUCCAAACCUCGCCGAAUUCAUGGCCUCCUCGGCCUUCAAAUCCACCACCCGCCGGACCCUCCACCCCGCCGCCGACGACCGCCCGCCGGCUCGUCCCCGCAAGGCCCCACCGCCGUGCCCACGCCGCUCCCGCAGCGCCAGCGUCGAGCCCCGCGCCCGCGGCAUCGGGGAGUACGCCGCCGGCAACACCCGCACCAACCCUCUCUUCGACGACUCCGCCUCUCCGCCGCCGCCGCAGCCGCAGGUGGAUACGGAGGCUGCUGGGUGUCGCGGCGGGGAGGCGAGACGGGAGAGGGGGAGGGAGGUGGCGCGGAAUGGUUCGUGCGCCGGCGGCUCCGGGAGGGCGCGCUCUGUGUCCCUCGCGCCGCGGGGCCGGGGCGCCGACUCGUCGCCGUCGUGGGGGAAUGGUGAUGGAGGCGGUGGGAGGAGGGCCUCCAGGGCGCCGUCGGUGGCGGUGGACCUGCAACCUUAUCGGGGUGACGAGGUCAUUUGGCAAAGCAAUCAUUCAAAUGUCCCAGUGCAACAGGUUAUUGAAAUUCCUCCCGAGUUUGAUCCAGAUUCUUCUGAGUUUGUCUCCGACAUAAGUGAUUACACAACAGAAUUCAAAAAGGAGGAAAUUUUGCACAUUCCUUUUGAGUUUGAUCUAGAUAGAGCUGAUCUGGCUCCUGACAUAGAGCACCAUUCAAUAGAACUGCAACGGGAACAAAUGGAAAUUCCUCUUGACUUUGAUCCGGACAGUGCCGAGCUGUCUCCUGAUAUAACAGAGUAUACAACAAAGCUCAAACAGUCACAUGAACGUGCUCGAAAGCUACGGGCAGAUUUAGCUGUCGAAGAGCAACGUGAACAAGAGUUGAGUAGAGUGCUGAAGGGUAUUGUAACUACACCAAAUUUUACUGAGGCACAUAAAAGAAGGCCAAGACGAAAGAGUAGUGUAGAACGACUGAAAGUAUCGAAGCAUUUGGCUGAAGAGGCAAUGAAUUAUUUUGAGGAAUGUGUCUCGAUCUCGACAUUGGAUAGCACUGAUUUCUCAUCACUGGAGGACCCUCAAAUAAAUUCAGUUGUGAACAUCCCACAAAAGAGCAGAAAUACAUCUUUUAACAAAGGUGGAUCAAGCAUUGCAGAAAUCCACUAUCCAACAGAUCGUCAUUGGCAUAAUGAGGAAUCUGACAACCAAACCCAGUGCUCAGUUAGCUUAACUGGAUCUGAUGUGUCUGGAGGCCGUACUUUUAGUCAUAAUAUGAUGACCCCCGUUUCAAGAACUACAAAUAACUCAAGUGAUGAUCUCGAUGGCUUUGACACACCAAAAAGCAGAAGUUCUUGUUUCUCCUUCACCCAUGAACCAACAAAAACUGUUGAGGGCGACGACGUUCAACAAUAUUUAAGAAGUUUUGGAAGGGGAAUCAGUAAAGAUCUAAGAGAGAUAAGGUCAAGUUAUUGUGAUGAUGACUAUGUAUUUCAGAAAAUGAAUGCAGACUUACUUAUGGAUAUUGUGACAUUUAAGAACAGGGUAAAUUUUGGGGGUCUCCUUAUUUGUAAUAUUAGAAGAUAGUGAGAAAACAUCAACUAGUGCGCUAUGGUGGGAGGACUGAUAUUCAUAUUAGCAACGUGCAAUUAGUACUACUAGAGAUGUAUACAUGUUCAUAUGAUUCUAUCUACUAAUUGUGAUUUUUUUGGUCA